AACAAGUGGCCCCUCCCCCUUCAGACUCUGAGAUUCCCGUCCCGUGAGGCCUUUCAUGUGCCUGCCUGUCCAUCCCCGUUGACGUGCGCCCGGGCGCACAAGCCUCGCUCUGCAUUGAAUACAUACUCCCUUACCCACACGGUACGAUCUACCGACCGUCCGUCACCACAACUUGGUCCUACCUAAGCAACAUCAUCCCCUAACCCAAAAUCGAUGUUGCCGUACCAGGAAUACACGCGCUGGACCACGGCAUACACGACGAACGCUAGGCCUGGUCACACCUUGCCCCCGAUUCAGCUGAGGUCGCGAGUGUACAGUGCCCGAGUCAAUGCUCAACCCCUCCCCUCUCCCCGAUUCAUCGCAAGCUGCGACAACGACACGACAGGACAAAGACAUUUUACAAAGCCUCACAGUCGGAUUGCCAAAGAAACACAACCACCACCCUUGCCGGUGGAUAGGGGGGUCGCUCUGACUAACGAGUGUACAUGCCAGCCAACAGGAACCCUCCCGCCAGCGAGCUAGGCGGGAUCAAGGGCGGAGGGGGAAAGGGAAGA